AUGACGAACAGCAAGUGUCCUGCAACCGUCCGUACACCUCCAAUUGGUCUCUGGAACUCGACCGAGGUCGUGGCAUUCCCAAAUGAUCACCAAUACCUCCUCGACCAUCAAGCCUGCUGCGGAGAGACAAACCAGAUCAAACUCUAUAAGAAGACAUGCUUCCGCUUUUGCAGCACCUACGGCAAUCAAAGCAAUGUCACUUCAUGUUUGGAAGAGCGCGGCGUGAAGCAGGUAGCCGAGUUUCACAACAACAAGGGCGGGCAGUCCAUGGCCCCUCAUCAACUUUCCAAACCUGCUCUCGGUCUCCUUUUUGUGGUGCUGAUAGGAUAUGUCAUGGGACCUCUCGGGGAGGCUCUCUUGGCUGCAUAA